AUGUUCGGCAGCCCCGACGCAGAUGCAAGGGCCGCAAGGGCCGCAAGGGCCGGGGCCCGGGUCUGGCCGGGCGACGUGGCGUCUGCCUGGCCUCAGCGGGUGGCCACGGCCAGCCCUCCGCCUCCGCGCGCAAGGGCAGCGCCCUGCGCGGUCCCGGUCCCGGGGCAGCCUGGCACACAGCGCCUGCCGCGAGCUGUCGUUGAACAUCUGCGACUCGUUCAUCUCACACAGCUGGAUGAGCUCUCGGAUCUUCGCACCCGACUGCGAGCUACGAGGGACCUGGAGCGGCGGAGACAUGACCUGCAGCAACAGCUCGUGGCCGUGCGACAGCAGGAGGAGCAGCUCUCCGCGGAGGCGUCAGCUUGCGCCCGGCAUCUGGCCCAAAGGCAUCAGGCACUUUCGAUGCUCCGCCUGGAGGGUGCUGACCUGGAGAAGAGCUGCAGCAAUGCAGAGGCACAUAUCUUGGUCUUGCGCAACAUCGCCGAGAAGCUCAGCGCGGAUGCAUUGGCAGAGGAAAGUCGGGCGGCCGUGGUCCCAGAAUCUGCAAAGCCAGCAGGUCUGGAGGCGGCGACUUCUGCUCAGGUAGGAGAGAAGGAGGCCAGAGAGGCGCGGGGCGAAGAUGCGGAGGUGGCUAAGGCGGCUAAGGGGCUGCCUGAAGCCAACGGCUCACAACCAGCCAGCAAGGAAGCGGUGCUCUCUGUGCUCUCUGAAGCACAGGCAGCUCAGAGAGCAGAGGCCGAGGCAAAAGAACCGCCUUCGGCCACAACCGAGACAGAGCCAGACGGCAUUGCAGGUGCCGUGAAAGAAGCCGAGCCCAAACUAACGCCGGAGGCCGCAGAGCCAGUCACGCCCGCGGAGCCCAAGGUUGCAGAGCCAGCAGCCGCCAACCCAGCCGACAAAGCGGAAGCCGCAGAUCUCGCCAAAAUUACAGAGCCAGCAGCCUUCAGAGCAGAAGCAGCCAUCAACGCUGAAGCCGCAGAGCCCGGAGUUACAGAGCUAGCAGCCACGAAGCCAACAGCAGUGAAAGCGGAAGCCACAGAGCCCAAAGUUACAGAGACAGCAGCCACGGAGCCAGCAGCAGAAGCAAGAGAGGCAACACCCGCAGAGCUCAAAGGCUCCGAGCCAGCGGCCAUGCCAGCAGCCGUGAAAGCGGAAGCCACAGAGCCCAAAGUUAAAGUUAUAGAGCCAAAAGCUGCAGAGCCAGCCGUCAAAGUAGAAGCUCGAGAGACCGCAGAGCCAAAAGCUACAAAUCCGGCAGCCGUGGAAACGGAAGCCAGAGUGGCGGCAGCCGCGGCCGCACAGCCAGCAGCCACAGAGCCAGAAGCCAUCAAGGUCGAAUCCACGACAAAGGCAACAGCCACAGAGUCAGCAGCCAGCAAGGAGGAAGCCAGCGAGGCAACAUCCAGAGAUUCAGCAGCCAGGGAAGCAACUGCAGUGGCUGUGGCAGCCGGAGAGACCACUGGCGAGGAAGCCAAAGAAACGAAGGAGCAAGCAGCCGUCAAAGCGAAAGCCACCAUGGAAGCUGCAGGGGCUGUGGAACCAGCAGCAUCAGCAGUCACGACAGCGUCAGCAACAGCGUUAGCGGCUUCAGUGGCUGCUGAGCCUUCGGCCCCGGCACUUGUGCACGCGGAGGCGGGCAAACAGGACGAGGCCACGUCAAGCGCUUACGGACACGCCGUCGUGAGUACGGCAGCACUUCAGGGUGCAGCCGGAACCGGCCAAGCAGAAACUGGCCUUGCGGAUGGGACUCCAGGCCAGGAAGGGAAAGGUGCAGAGGCUGGCGAGGCCCCUGCGCCCGCAAAGCCGGCAGAUCCUGCACUAGCCGGCGUGCCCGAGGCGGCUCAGCAGGAAGAUCGGACAGCUUCGGGCGCAUCUGCAGAGGCAGUGCAGAAGGGGGAGGACUCUUCCGAACAGGCGGUGGCCCGCAGCUCCGUGCAAAGCGAGCAGAGGCCACCCGUGGAGACGACGCUCGGGGCAUCUGCAAAGCCCGAAGAGCCCACGGCAAGCAAAGAUACGGACUCCAAAGAGGCCGAAGCCGCUUCCGAGCUGGCGACGGCAGCGAAAGGGCCAACAAUUCAGGAGAAGGCAGCCGCUGAUCCGGCAGCUGCAGCUGUGGCAGCAGCAGCGUCGUCGGCAGUCGCAGCGGCCACUGCAAAAGCGCUGGCAUCAGCAACGUCCGAGCCCGAAGGCGCAGUCGGCACAGAAGCUGGCCAGGCCGCCCCCCCUACAGCAAAGCUCACCGCGCCUUCUGAACCUUCACAAUCCGCAGAGGCUGCGGAGCCGGCAGAUACCGGCCAGCCCGCCAUUCCCGAGCCUGCGGCCAACACCGACUCCAAGACCGGACCGGUCGAGGCGGUCCAGCAGGAAGAUCGGACAGCUACGGGCAAGUCUGCGGGAGCAGGUGCUAGCCCUGGACAAGCAGCCGAGGUAACAGGAGGCGAUGAGGCUGCUGACAGUCAGCAGUUGGAGGAGGGAGCGAAGCGCAUGUCUGCUAUCGAUGGGAUGGACGACUUGCUGGCCGAGCUCUUGCAGCAGGAGGAGGAGCCCGAGGAGGCAGAGGCAGAGGGGGCAGCGGAGGAGGAGGCAGAGGAGGCGGAGGGGGCAGAUGAGGCAGAGGAGGGGGCUGAGGAGUGGGCAGAGGGAGCAGAGGGAGCAGAGGGAGCAGAGGGGGCAGAGGAGGAGGAAGUUCCAGCUGCAUCCAAGGAAGCCCCGCUAACCACAUCUGAAGGGGUGGAGACAGCGAAACCCGACGAUGAUAAGGCAGCAGUAGGAGCAGAGCCAGCUGUGGAAGCUGCCACAGCAGAGCCAGUGCCGGCUGCAGAGGCCACGGCGGAGGAGGCAGCGGCCACAGAGCCGGAAGCAACGCAGCAGGCUGAAGCUGAAGCUGAUGCCGCGGCAGAGGAAGCCGCAGAGGCCGGAGAGACAAAGAAGCGUCGCAGACGGAAGAAGCCCAAGGAAGAUCAGGUCGAUGCGGCAGAGGCAGAGGCGGCAGACGCAACCCUCGCGACCGCUGACGCGGGCGAAGCCGCAGGAGGCCAGCCUCCGGCAAGCAAGGACCACCAGGAGCAGGCGGUAGACGCGGCUUCAACCCCGACAGUUGAUCUGGCACGGGAGGCUGGCAAACAGGACGAGAUUUCAAGCGCUGAUGGGCAUGCUGUCGUCGGUGCCUCAGCAUCUCGGAAAAGUGCAGUCGCAACAGGCCAAGCAGAAACUGGUUCCGCGGAUGGCGCUGCAAGCCAGAGAGCCGCAGGAGCUGGCCCGGCUGCUCCUCCUGCAGAAAAGCCCGCCGCAGAAGCAGAUCCCGCACCGCCCGCCGUGCCUGAACCUGCUGUCAAGAGCGACUCCAAGAGCGCCGAGACGCCGGCUGAGAAGAAGACGGAGGCGGAGCCGGAGACCCCGACGGCCAAGAGCGACUCCAACACCGGCCCGCUCGAAUCUGAAACGUGGGAGUGCGAAGCAGGCGAGGAUGUUGGUGAGUUGGGGAUUUUCCCUGCAGCAUUUCCCCCUGAUCCUGUGGAAAUCUACUCAGUCACCGAGGGUUCUUGGGCGGCAGAGGAGGGAGUCGUGGCGGGCGAUGUUCUGGUGGCCAUUAACGGAAAGCCCGUUCCGGAGAAGAAAGACAUGAAGCGCCUGAUGAGGGAACGGCCUCUGCGCCUCACCUUUCAGAGGCCUUUGCUCUUCGAAACACCCGAGGAGUCUGCAGACGAGACGCCGAUCCCGGGAUUCGAGUGCAAGGCUGGGCCGGAGGUCCCGGAUUUGGGAAUCUUCCCCUCAGCCUUUCCACCGGAUCCGAUGCUCGUGGCCAGGGUCACAGAGGCUUCUUGGGCAGAAGAGCAGGGCAUCUUGCCUGGAGACGAGCUCGUGGAGAUCAAAGGGAAGGCAGUUCAAGAGAUGACCGCGAAGGAGGCGAAGCGAGCAAUGAGGGAGAGGCCUCUUCUCCUGUUCUUCCACAGGUCGGAAGAGCCGGCUUCGGCGUCAGCCUCCUCGGCGCCGGCCUCCUCCCCAUCCCCGCCGCCCAAGCCACGAAAGUCCAGGGCGCCUGAGACGCCGGACGAUGUGCUGAGCCAGGCUCGGAAGUCCCUGGCGGCCAUCCUGCCCGACGGCAUGAACCCCUUAGCUGCCUCCACGUCGAGCCUUCCCUGCAAUUGCAGUAACUCCAUGUUCCUGUUGCGCGAAGAGUGUCCCUUCGUGCGCAUUCCCUUGAACCUGGCAGCGGAGGAGGACGGCUGGGAUGACGAGGACGACGACGAUUGGAAUCAGCCCGCGCCUCAGAAAGGCACCAAGGGCAAAAAGGACGAGAAAGCCUCCGAGAAGAAGAGCGACAAGAAAGGGAAAGACGGCAAGGAGAAGUCGAAGCAAGGCAAGCCUGAGAGUGAGAAGGGUGACAAGAAGGAGAAGGAGAAGGCGAAAGAGAAGCCGAAGGAGAAGGCCAAAGAGAAGGAGAAGGAGAAAGCAAAGGAAGCUCCGAAGGAGAAAGAGAAGGAGAAGAAGGAAGAAGCCCCGCCGCCCCUGCUUUGCUUUGCCUCCGCAAGCGACGCGCGCCUGGGCUUCAAAGUCGACUGGCCGCCGAACCCCGCCUACGUCAGCAAGGUGGACCGAAACAGCUGGGCCGAGAUGGCGCAGGUAGAAGUUGGUCUGCGAUUGGACAAAGCCGGCGGCAAGGAUGUGGCAAAGAUGAGCAAGGAGAAGCUCAAAAAGAUGCUUGACGAGACUAGGCCUCUAGAAUUGGCGUUCGUCAAGGACAAGAAGAAGAAGAAGCCGCCAAGUGCCAAGCCCGAGAACGAGGGCUUGCUGGGAGGAAUGUUUGGUUGA